AGCGUGGAUCACGUUGAAAGUCAUUCAGUAUCUGGUGUUCAUUGGAAGCGGGAGCUAUGAGGUGUCAUCUUAUGGAACUGAUGGUCGGUAUCGGGGUUCCUUCAAUGUAAGACCAGCAUAAGAGUGUGAUUGUUUGUGCAGUGACUUGGGAAACACUUUACAUCUUGAAUUCUGCCCUCUUAUGGUUGUAGUUGAUGUGGAUUACCACUGAACUUAAAUAGGAGCUUUCUCUUGCUUGAGGAUGUGACGUAUGAGCCGUGGUGGUCGAAGGACCCUUAAUUAUGGAGGGCUCCAAGUCCAAGAAAGACGCUGAGAACAGGCCGAAAGGUUAUUACACGCUGAUCAAGUCACAAUUUGCUUAUGUCCCUUACCCAGAGGUUGAUGAAAACCCCAACAAACAGCAUGAUGAACCCAAGGUCAUUGUGCUCCCAAAACAACUGGAGGAACUUCCCAAACCUUUGGAGUUUCCAACAGAAAAUCACCGAUGGAAUACAAAUGAGGAGAUCGCUGGCUUGUUGAUAUCGUUUGAUCGACAUGCGCAAUGGCAGUCGUCCGAGGUCAAGCAGAGACCAACCAGUGGGUCGAUGGUGUUGUACAACCGUGCCCAAGUCAAGUACCGCAACGAUGGCUACUUUUGGAAGAAACGGCGCGAUGGGAAAACGACACGGGAAGACCAUAUGAAACUGAAAGUUCAGGGAAUCGAGUGCAUCUACGGAAAGUACUCACACUCUGCGAUUCUGCCGACAUUUCACCGGCGGUGCUACUGGCUCCUUCAGAAUCCCGACGUCGUGUUGGUCCAUUACCUCAAUGUGCCGUACACGGAUGACAACAAGGUGGCUCUCACAACGCUAUCAGCGGCCGAGAAGAAGAAGUGGACGAGAGAGGAAUUGGUUGGCCAGCUUAGGCCUAUGAUCUCAACUUCCAAGAUGUCUGAUUUUCAAAAAUUACCCGCAGCUGAACAAAUUAUGGAAGAAAAGGUCGAGCACAUUGUCAAUCAUCUGUUACAGCAGCAGCCAGGUGACGCUAUGGGCAAUGACGUCCAGGAUGCUGGGAAGAAGAAGAAGGGUCUACCUCUCCUACAGGCAGCGCCAAGAGUCAUGCCGCAGGGAGCAGCGUUACCAGGACAAGCUGUGCUGCUGCCUGGUGCCGUCAAUAAUACCAAUCAGAUGUCAGCGACACCGUUUAUAUUGAAUCUCUCACAGUUUCAAGGCAGUAAUGACUUAAUCAUCUUAAGUGGGCAAAAUGCUGCCCGGAUCUCAAUCUUUAGUAAUGGCCAGAAUGUCCAAGGGGGUGCCACUGCGGCUCAAGGGGUGGCGCCGAAGAUCGUCAAUGUUGGCCAGGUGUCGCCAGUCGUGGGAGUGGAAGAUAUGCCUGAUUCGUCUGUCUGUGAUACAACUCUAACCUCGUCUGUGUUCAACUCAACUCCUACGUCUGAUCCUGCGUCAUCAACAUUUCAUGCUUAUACUACACUGCCCCCUGGUGUAGCAACAGUGUGUUCAUCCUUCACGACGUCAACGCCUGUGAUGUCUUAUACAGCUGCGUCUGACGGGUCAAUAGUUAGUUUAUCAUCUCUCCCCACUGCUUGUAUGUCUGUGGCACCAGACCAGCUACCAGGGAUUAAGGAAUCAGUCUAUUCACCUGCACCGUUCAUGACUGACGCACAGAAUGAAAACAAACUUCAUAUGAACUUGGUGAACUUCAACCCCAAUCAGGUCAAGAGUGAAAACAUUGAUGUUCCUGGUCUCCACCUGACCCAGGAGGAAAUACAGAAAACACUCGCGGCGAACAUGCCGUCAGAAUCAUCCGAGGAACAAAUUACCCAGAGUGCAGCUGAUAUGACAGACAUGCAGCAGAAUGUAUCAACACCGACGAGUGCCGAUUUGAACUUUGAUGCUUUUGAUUUGUUGGAUCUGAACGAUUUAGGGGAGUUUGAUAGUCUGAACGCAGACCUUAUGAUCACUGAGUCGUGUGAGAAAGAUAAACUGGGACUGAAUGCUACUUUGGGGCACGAUCCAGAUUUGAAUGAGAACUCUUCUGUGGGGGAGGAAGGAAAGACGGGGCAGGCCGACGUGUCAGAUUACAGUCCGGACUGGUCCUACCCUGAGGGUGGAACAAAAGUGUUGAUCACAGGCCCGUGGUACGAUUCCUCUGCCUCCUAUGGCUGUACCUUUGAUGGCGUUCUCGUGUCUGCACAGUUCAUACAGAGUGGUGUACUACGCUGUGUUUGUCCAGCACAUGGCCCUGGUUUUGUGACAUUCCAAGUGACCUCAGAGAGUUAUGCGAUCUCCAAAGACUGUGCCUUUGAGUACAGAGUGCGUAGUCCUAGUCAAGCAGUGGAUGGGCUCGGUGAGGAUACCAGGUGGCUUAUCAAUGAAGAUAAGCAGUUUAAGUUGGCACUUCUUGAAAGGAUGGAAGGUUUAGAGAAGAGAUUAGUCAAAGGUCCGGCCAGUUUUCGGACCGCAUCGGCUAUUAAUACGACCAAGUUGUUGGUAAAAAGCUGUGAUAUAUUUGAGGAGCGAAUGAUUGACUACUGCGAGGCCUGCAGUCGUCAAGCGUGGAUCAGUGAACCAAUUGUGCCAUUGCCGAACUCGUACAAAGGCAUGACGUUACUCCACCUAGCGGCGGCGCUGGGAUACAGUCGUCUCAUCAAGACACUGAUUCAGUGGCGGACGGAGAAGUCGUGUAUGAUCUUGGAGUACGAGGUUGAUGCGUUGAGUUUGGACGACUGCUCUUGCACUCCGUUUCUCUGGGCAUGUGCAUUGAAUCGACUUGAUGCUGCAGUUGUCCUUUACCAAUGGAAUCAGAGUGCCGUUAACGUCUGCACACGAGAGGGUCUUCUGCCUCUGAUCCUCGCAAGAGAGAAAGGUCACGUGUCCCUCGUCGACCACAUCGACCAAUUAGAAAAUCUGCGGGAGUACAACAGUUCACAGAACAUCAUAUCUUUCUUGGAAUCAUUUAACUGUUCAACAUUAUCUGAAGAUUCGAUGACCUUGUCACAACCUCUGACCUCCACACCGGAACGAUCUCAGGCUUCCUUCAAAACAUCUUCGAAAUUCUCAUCGACACUAAGCGUAGAGGGCCAGUCAACACUGACGGUGGAGACUCCGCCUUAUAGCACUAGUCCCAAGCCCAGCCCAAAACUUAAACCGGCAUCCAAGUCAAGCAAACGAUCGGAACGUUUACGGAAACGCCUUUCAGUUGAAAUCUUACCCUCUAAGGGUUCACCACAGGAUUCACCAACCAAUCCUGCUCCAGUUGCAGUGACAGUUGAUCUCGGUAAGAAGAGUUUACGCUCCGUCAACUCCGACCCCCAUCUGGCCGCUCUCACGUCGGAUGAGAAUCCCAUGAUGUCAGGUGACCUGGCCAGUCCUGUCAUCUUCAUGCAGACGGAACCACAGCAGCUCGCAAGUAAGGAUUCUGACAAGCCUGUUGCCAUGGACACAGAUGAAGUCUCCGAAACGAGAAGUUCGAGUCCGUUUAUUGACGUGGAGCGGGUGUCGUCUGAUGAAGAGGAUACGACUACAGAAGUUACACCCAAGAUCAAAACAGAAUCAUCGAGCAGUCAGAACCAGAUGAUAACCCUGGCAAAACAGAUUAUCGCUGCAAUGCCGGAGAGAAUCAAAUUGUCACCAAGCCGGAGCGAUGACUCUGGUAUCGUGCGGGAUCGAAGCAACUCGUACGGGUCAUUCAGCUCGACGAGUACAACACCACCUUGUAUGGAAGGCGAAGGUUUUGGUGCAUUUGAUGAGUACCGUUACCCUGAUUAUGGUACACCAGCGUCGUCUUUGAGCCCAGAGUCGUCAUGCCUACAGAGUCCUUUGAGCUUCACAUUAGACUCACCUCCACCGACCAUGUCUGACUUCAAGGAGUAUUUCAACGCACCGUCGACGUUCAUGGAGAAAGAUUUCUCACAGCUGACACUAUCGGAUCAAGAGCAGCGCCACCUGUAUGAGGCGGCAAGAAUCAUCCAAGAUGUCUACAGGAAGUACAAAGAUCGUCAGCAACAACAACAACAGCGACGGAAGGAAAUCAGUGCGGCCGUGUUGAUUCAGAGUUAUUAUAGGAGAUACAAGCAGUAUGCUUACUAUAAGAAGAUGUGUCAGGCAGCAGUGUUGAUCCAGAGCCAGUUCAGGAGUUAUCAGGUGCAGAAGAGGUUCAAACGGAGUCGAGAUGCGGCAACGGUCAUUCAGAACCAGUACCGUGCGUACAAGGAACACGAGAGGUUCAAGAAGAGUCGAGAUGCGGCCAAGAUCAUUCAACAGAGGUUCAGGAGUCACUAUCAGCGUUCACAGGGCGGCGAGAAGUCAAGGAAGGGCCACCCUCUAACAAGGCAGUCAAGUCAUGGUUCCGAGAAGGAGGGAAGCUUAGAGACAGACAGAAGCGACAGAACAGCCAGUGAGGCUAGCAGCAGCUUUGAUGCCAGUUUUGAUGCUAGUUUUGAUGCGGAGGAGCCACCCAGUGGUGAUUCAUCUAACUAUGACAAUACACAAACACAUUCAUCUUCAUCCAUUUCUGAGCAGUGUUCUGAAGGGAGAGGUCAGGAAUCAAGGUCAGGUUCAAGGUCAAGCAGUAGAGAUGAGAGGUCGAGGACAAGGUCAAAGAGUCGUGAUUCGAGUUCUGUGGUUCGCGAGCAUAAAUCGAGUGCACAAGAUCGCGAUCGGGAACCAAUUCGCAAGUCUAGUUCUGAAUGUCAAAAUAGAGAGAAAUCUGAUCGUGAAUGUGGUGCUAAAGCUGGGACUGGUUUUAAACGAAUGCCGCGUUCUGUUGUACGGGAUCCUCAACCUGUGUCACGUGAGUCGCAGUCCUUGAGUCGCGAGCCAUGGUCACAGGCAAGGGAGUGUCUCUUACCGUAUGAGGCUCAGUUAAAUCGCGAGCUAAGAGCUGCGAGUCUAGAUCCAAAGAUCAUUACUUGCAGAGAAGAAAUGGGGCCACCGGCGACUUCUCCCACGGAAAUGGGGCCACCGAGACAUACGAUGAUGCCUCGUGAGUCACUGAGUAAAGACGACCGUCCAAACCAACCAACGAAGAAAGAGUCUAGUGUAUCAUCUGGCCACCAGGGGGCACUCAGAACAGACGAGAGAAAUAUACCAAGUGUUGAAUGUACAGCAAAUAACCCUGGUGAAAACACAAUCAAACAAUUAAAAGGUUCUACACCAGAAAUAGCCAGUACAGAAAAAACUGGGGUUGAAAUUGACAACAAACAUUUGGGGGAUUUGUGUAGUGUUGAGGACUCGUCGCUUGAUUUGAGCGAGUUUGACUUGGAUUAUCUGCAAGCAAGCGAUAUCGGAGCAGACUAUCUAUCUUUGGAGGAAUGUUCAAAAAGGUUUGCUCCGCCAAUGUCUGAUGUUGAUCUGGCCAAAGAGUUUCCCGACGCGGGGGGUCUCGGGUUGUCUCAGGGAGUGAGGAUGGGAGGAUUGGUACCACAGGAGUUGAAUGUUAUGCCAGUUACCACGGUUACAACACCACCAAGUGCGCUGGCUUCUGAGGAGGAGGCCACCGAAGAGACAAAUGUAAGUAAGGUGCUGGAGACGAUCAAAGACUCUGGUCCUGGGAACGGCAAGAAUGAAAAUGGCUGAGUGCAUCACCAGCACUUAGCAGGUUUGUUAUGACCAGCUCCCACUGCAGUGGAUACUGUGUGGCUUUCACAGGCGUUGGAUUACUUUCAAUGCAAGUUAAUGGCUUGGUUAAUGUUACUGACCAGAAAGACUGUGACGGUAACCGCUGUGUUACUUUUUGUCAUGUGACAUUGCGUUGUGUUUUAACACAUGGUUUUUGUACAAAAUGGCUUUAACACUGAAUCAGUGACAAUUUAUUCAAAAUGGUUAAAAACGAUUGAAACUUUGAGGUUGUUUUUGGAAAGUUGAAAAUGUACUGCACCAACUGCACUUCUUAUUUUGAGAGGGUUGACGAUGGAAAUUUGGAUAUUUUUGUGAAAAAGAACAUUUCUGAAAUCCGUCCUUGCGACUUGGCAUGCCCAUCUUGACACUCGACACUCGACACUUGACACUCGACACUCGACACGUGACACUCAACACUCGACACUUGACACUUGACACUUGAAAUACAUCCAGUGCUAGUGCCAAUACAAACUUGGGUGAAAUUUUCUUGUUGAUUCAUAGUUGGUUCAUAAUUAUCACAAUUUCUUGAACACACCGCUUCAUAGGCUAUUCAAGAAAUGUGUUCCUGUUACGAAGAGUGCCGAGGGGAGACCAGGUUGGUGAUUCUGUCAAGAUGGGCACUGUUGAGUUUAUCAUUGAACAGAAACCUAACACUGUUUUUCAUUGUAAUACAUGCUCCUCAUUGUUGUGAUAAAUGAGUAAGAAAAGUAAGAAAUUGUGUCUUUUUUCAAAUUUGAAUAUGAUCUCGUGUAAAUGUCAUUUACAUCAUGCACCAUUUCCUUGGUAACUAGCACAUAUGGUAAUAUACACUCACUCAAUGUCAUAAUUAUAUCAACAACAUAAAAAACUGUAAGCCACACGUUUUCACAUGAAUUUUUAUUUUGUGUCCAUUGUGACCAGCAAAGUUCAGGAAAAUAAGACCCAGUGAAAAAGAAAAUUUGAAAAAUAUUCUGUAACAGGAAGUUAAAGGUACAUUAUACAAAAGCAACUUGAUAGAGAACUAUUUUUUCUGUCUGAGACACAAUUUACUCUUCUGUCCUUACAGACAUACCAAUUGUUGUUACUUUCCUUGAGUGUACAUUUUGACAGCCGGCCCAUUUCCAGUUUAUAGCGCCACCUAUCAUGAUCUUGUCUUAUUCUUUCUAACACCCCAGUACCCAGUAUGUGUCUACAUUUCAAUUGCACAUAAGCAGAGCUUCAAGGUUACCCAUCUUUUAGUCUUGCGGUAACAAUCAGAACAGGCGAACAGUGUCUACCUUCUCACAAGGUUUAAUGUAGGUUUAACACUAGGAUAACCUUGGUCCUAGUAUCCCAUGACAAUCAAGAUGAUAUUUUUCUAGCCACUGACAGGACUGAAAUAUAUUUGUUACUUCUGGCAGGAAGAGAAUCGAGUUGUUAUGACCUUGAUCUACUAUUCAAGGUCACGUGUAUUUUAUUAACCUUUUGAUACGAAAGUCGAACAGGCCAGGAAUUAAACAUGUUGAGUGGUUGUUGGGGAACAAAGUGGAGAGGGGUAUGGUAAUAGGGCAUUAUCUGUAAUCAUUUUUAAAUUGCAAAAAUGUCGCCUUUAAAAAUAGCAGCCUGUACACUGUGUUUGAGAAUCUGAAGAACAUGGAAUGUACAGGAAGUUUGGUGAUAUUAGAACAUUUCUCCAACUUUUAAAAUUUCAAAUUACUAAUAUUUUAUGCUGUUUUUGAAGCUUUAUGAGAUAAGAUAUUUUGAUGUUUGGAAAUCAGAGGGCGCUUGAGUACAUUUCACAACAAUUGGUAUUUCUGGUGCAGUUUGUGCUUCAGUAUGAACAUGUGUGAGAGAUGAAGCCAACAAUGCCCACUUCAUGGCUCAUCUCAGGUGCCCUCAUCUGCUGUAACCUGUGAUAAUCUGAGCUGCAAUGUGCAACAGCAUAAUUGCUUGUUUGCGAGUAACAUUUGUCAUCAUCGGUUUUGAUAUCAUCACAGUUUGUAGUGACGACUGAUUCUAGUUGCCGCUGACAUCUGUCAUUAUGAUCAUUAUCACAGGUGGCUGCUUCUGCGGGGCACUUUUUUGAGGAGUCGCUGGGACACUAUUGUAUUAAAUCUGAUUUUAGCGAAACUUCUCUGUUGUGAUAUUCUCUUUCAAACAUCUAGUAUAAGCCAAUGUUGUUAUGUGAUGUCAGUAUAGAAUAGCUCCCUUUCUCUCUUCUUCAACAAUCGCAAUCUCAAAAGAGAUUCAUAGCUUGCUGUACGUAAUCAUCAUUUAGACUUCAUCCUUCUCAGUAGUAUAUAAGAGGCUGUUUGGGUUUCUAAAUGUUGACGGCUUGAAGUUAACGAUCUCAUCAGACAGAUUACUUACUUGGAGUGAAACUCGGCCAACAACUGCCGAUGUUCUGUGAUUUAAGGUUGGCUCCCUAUAUUUUAAAUCAGAUGGAUAUAUAUGCUUAAACCUCACCCUAGGGUUGUCUGUCCCAUUUGAAUGACGGUUGAGCUUAUGGAAAUUUGUUAAAAACCUUUUCGGUUGAGGUUUGUGCAUAUUACUUACGUCAAGGUCACCAGUGGUACUUACCAGGUGUACUUUUUAACCUGUCACCCCCAUUUCUGUGAAUAGACUCUGCUAGUCUACUGUAAAUGCAUUGGGAGAGUUCAUUCAGGAAAGAGUAGAGGUUAGACCUUGCUUGAGUGUACACAUAGACAGCCCGCUCUCUCACAGACCCUUUUAUUCUCAAAUGGUAUAUUUUUAAGAUGAUUGUCAGAUGUUUUGGCCCCAAAAUACGAGCAAAUGUUCAUUGUUCUUACCAAUCCAAUGUACUGUUGUUAGUUGAUCUAUGAAAAUAUUUAUUGUUAUUGUUAUAUACUCGUGUCCGACCUCAGUGUGACAAAAUUGAAGGUAGGCCUACUGGUUUCCGUGUGCACAGUAAAACAAUGUUGUCUGAUCAAAUUCUUCGUGAAUUGGCUGAAUCAGAUCAGUUGGCCACUUUUAACCUCAUCAUUUUGUCUCUCUCAGGUCAACAGUGAGUUUAGUUAUAUUGUGUAUAUAGCGUUGGUACUUAAAACUUUUCAGCGUGGUUUUCCAACUGUUAUUUCUCAUGUAAAGUUGAUAUUAGUUUACCAGUGUAGAUGUACUAUGGUACUGUAGUUUAAAUCUCUCGUUACAGACAGCCAGAAUACACUUCUUACUGGAUCAGAUUAAAUCAAAUUUGGUGACGCUCAAUUCAUUAUUUUGAAAAUAUCCCUGAAUAUCCAUAUGCCUUCAGUUGUUUAUGAGAAACAAGUUAAAUUUCAAAUGUUUAUAUAAACUCACAUAUGUCAAGGUGUGCUAUAUCCAAUUCAGUUCAGUUCAAUGGCAAAUCAAAUUUAGAUCUGACAUUGAAUUGAAUUGAAGCCUAAAAAGUGUACAGACAUUGUUAUGACCUUAUUGUCCGGGAUAUUGUAAAGUGUGCCUUUUCUAUUUUGAUAUGUGAUUGUAUAGUGUUGUUACCAUGGUGAUAACUUGAAAGAUUUUGACUUGGAACUUCAGUGAUCACUGAUGUUGUUCUUGCCUCACCACGAGUAGAUACUUUCCUCUUAGCUUAUUGUGUUGUGAAGCCUGGUUUCUUGAACUUUGAAGUUAUAAAAGUUAAGGUUAUUUUGCAUGACCUUUAGUGAUCCCAUGACCUCUACUUUACACCGGUAGCGAAAGUGUUCAAGUGCAUUCAUUUUCAUGCCUGUUCUUUAUGUUGCUAUGGUUACAGUUGCUAUGGUUACAGUUGCCACGGUUACUGUUGCUACAUUGUUAAAAUUCUUUGAAAGUUCUAUGGCAAUAACUUUGAAUUUGUUUGUAGUUGCUUAACAAUUGAAUAUGAUUUCUUGUCUGACGUAUAAUUGCAUAUUCAUAUAGAAAAGUGACAGUCUUCGAGAUGUUAUGUUGUCAAGUGUAGAACGCCAAUACAUGUUUCAUUAAUAUAUCUCAGAGGAAUGGCUUCUUGAAAUAUGAUGAAUAUGAUGAAUAUGAUGAAUAAGAUGAAUAAGAUGAAUAAGAUGAAUGAGAUGAAUAAGAUGAGUAAGAUGAGUUGGACUGAGGUACCAGUGUAGUUAAUAGCAUGGCUGCUACCCAAUCCUGUGACAGUAGCAAUAUUGAAUGAGCAGACGAUGUAGCAUUUGUUUGGGCAAUGUCAAGGUCAGCGGAUUGGCCUUCAACAGAGGAAUGUGUUUUACACAUCAAGUAACUGAUGCUGUCCUCAUUGUUUUGACUGUAAGUACCUGGAGUUCAACCAAGUUGCUUAUCAGCGCCAUCUGUUGUGAUAACUGAUACCUAUUUGAUCGCUUGAGGGUCAAGAUGAGUUGUGAGGUUUAUAAAAUCAUUAAUGUUGAUUAUUUGAAGAGAAUAUUCUGUUAAUUGCUUAAUUAGUUUACGGCCUGAUUAUUUAUCCAGCAGGUGUUUUCAUUUCAUUCUCAGUCGUAAAGUGCUUGGCAGGGUGAAACAGUUGUAGAAAUGGAAAUGGUUUCAUGUUGAUAGAGUUUGCUUCCUCCACCACAAAGUAGGCUACAACACUGAUUUUCUGUCAGCCUCAAUUCUGUCAAAAUACUACACAAAAUAUUAACAUGUCUGCGUCCCAUAAAUCGCAUUUAUUUUGUUCUCAAUUGCUCCCUUUCGACCUUGAUGAAGAAUUGUCAUGAGACUUGCUGGUAUAGUCAGCACUCUUUUGUUGUGACUCAUUUAGUUGACGUUGUCACUCUUGUGUGUCGUUCUACUUGGUGAAGAAAAAAGCACAAUAUGAAAUAAACUGCAAAAACUAUCACUGAAAUUAUGGAAUGAAAAUCAUGAAAAAUGAUAAAUAAAAAAGAUAAUACUGCAAGUCUGGAGAACAGUUAUUCAAAAUUGGGCGAAACAUUUGGUAUUUGGAUAAUUGUCUUCAAUUAGGUGAUCAUGGGGACCAUGGCGACAGUUUUGAUAAAAUAUUUUCAUACACAGUGAUAGAUCUUUGGUAUUGAAAUUAGAUCUUUGUGGGGGGGGGGGGACAAUAUUCUGUUGGUGUUUUUGCGGCCUCUCUUGUGCAGAUUUGGUGUUUGAGGCGUGCAGUUCAGACAUGUUGACGCCCUGCCCCCUGUGGGCAAGUCUUUGUACUUUAAGCAUGUAUUUAAAUCUUCUUUAUCUGAAUAAACUAAAUAAGGAUGUGAAA